AUGGCCGCGGAGAGCUGCCACCCCCGCGGCCUCUCCUGGUUCGCCAGGUCCUGCAUCCCCGCCGACCCCGCCCGCCACAUCGCCGUCCCCGUCCCCAUCUCCGCCGCCUCCACCACCACCAACACAGCCUCCGACACCGAGGAGUCCCCCAUCUCCGCGCUCCCCGACGAGCUCCUCCUCGACGGGGCCACCUUCGCCCGCGCGCUGCUCCAGCUCGGCGCAUCCUCCCGCCCCGACCUCGAGGUCGCCGCGCUACCCCUGCCUCCGCCGCUCCUGCAUUGCGUGGGCUCCUCCUCCUCGGCCUUCGCGCACGCGCGCGCCGUCGUGUUGGGCCGCGACGUGUACCUCAUCGGCCGCGGAGCCACGCUGCGGGUGGACGCGCUCACGGGCGCGGCGCGCGCGUGCGCGCCCACGCUGUUCCCGCGGAAGAAGUUCGCGGCGGCGGCCGUGGGCGCGCGGAUCUACGUCGCGGGCGGGUCGGCGCGGACCGCGGCGGUCGAGGAGUACGACCCGGACGCCGACGCGUGGCGCGUCGUGGCGGAGGCGCCGCGGCGGAGGUACGGGUGCGCCGGCGCGGGGGCCGGCGGCGUGUUCUACGUCGCCGGCGGGGUGGCGGUGUCCGGGCACCCCGGCGGGGACGGUGGCGCGCCGCGGGCGCUCGAGGCGCACGCGUGCGCCGGGUCGGUGGACGCGCUGCACGUGGCGUCGGGCGCGUGGGCGUGGUCGGCGCGGCCGCGGGCGGUGCCCGGCGGCGGCUGCGUCGUGGGCGCCUGCGGCGCCGGGGACGGCCACCUCUACGUGGUGGCGAGCCACGCGGUGGACCUAUCCUUCUGGCGGUGGAGCGGCGGUGGCGUCAACAGGGGUGGUGACGUCGGUAGAAGCGCCAGCGGGUGGGUGGCGCUGGAGGCGCCGCCCGUGCCCCGGGGCUCGGUGGGUCUGGGCAUGGCGGUGCGCGUGGCGAUGGCCGGCGUCGGCGCCGACAGGGUGGCGGCGGUGGUGAACGUGGCCGCCGUGAGGGGCCACAACGCGGCGGGCGGCGCACUUGAAGGGUUCGUACUGGUGUACGACAUCGUCGGCGGCAAGUGGAGCCGGGCGCCUGACCUGCCGCCAGGGUUCCGGCGCGCGGCGUGCGCCGCCGUCGAGUGCUGA